AUGGUCGCUCGACAGCCGCUCGAAGAGCGGAUCGACGCACACCGCCGUGCGCUGCACUCGAAACCCUUCCCGGGCUUCGGACACGCCCUCAAACCCUACUACGGCUUCGACCCCACCUACGUCCCGCUCAACAACGGCUCCUUUGGCGCCUGCCCCAACUACGUCCUCGACAUCUACAAGGAGUUUCUCGACGAAGCCGAGCGUCGACCGGACACGUUCCUGCGCAAGCACUACCAGCCACUGCUGAACAAAGCACGUGGGGAGCUGGCCGAGCUGGUGGAGUGCGAUGUCGACGAUCUGGUGUUUGUGAGCAAUGCUACGUCGGGAGUCAAUGCGGCUCUUCGCGGCUUGAAUGGGAGCUGGAAGAACAACGAGGCGAUCUUGGUGUACGACACAGUGUAUGGCGCUUGCGGCAAGACGGCGCAGUACAUUGUCGAUUCGAAUCCCGACUUCGACCUCAAGCUGAUCAAGGUUCCCCUUCGCUACCCACUCUCGCAUGAUGAAGUCGUAUCCGCGACCAAGUCGGCCAUCGAGGACGCCACAUCUCGAGGCAUCAAGAUUCGUGUUGCCAUCGUGGACGCCAUCUCCUCCAUCCCGGGCGUCAUCGUCCCCUGGGAACGACUCGUGACGCUCUUCCGCGAGCACUCCAUCCUCUCGCUCGUCGACGCGGCUCACGCGGUUGGCCAGAUUCCGCUCGACCUUCGCGCCGCGGAUCCAGACUUCUUCAUCAGCAACUGCCACAAGUGGCUCUCGGCCCAUCGCGGCGUAGCCUUCCUCUAUACUCCCGAACGCAACCAGCACCUCGCGCAGGCGAUCCCCACAUCGCACUCCUACCUCUCGCCCAACCUGCCAGCUCCAAAAGGUCCGGCGCUGAUCCCGAUAGACGCACCGAGCAACUACGUGGCCACCUGGGAGUGGACCGGCACCAUCGACCUAGGCAACUAUCUCACCGUUCCCGCCGCCCUCGAGUUCCGCCGGUGGAUGGGCGGCGAGCAGGCCAUCAUGCAGCACAACCACGCGCUCGCCGUGCAAGCGGGCAAGCUCGUCUCCUCCACCCUCGGCAAAGGCUCUGUGGUGAUGGAGACCACCGACCAGCUCAUCGCUAGCAUGGUCAACGUGUCCAUCCCAAUCACGCCCCCUCCGGCCGCAGAGGGCGAGGACGAGGCGGUUCAGCUCGGCAAGUUGGCGUACAAGCUUCAGAGCAGGCUCACCGACGAGAACGAUACCUUUGUCAUGUUCCACGUGCACGCGGGCAAGAUCUGGAUCCGGUUGAGUGCUCAGGUGUGGAACGAGGAGAGGGACUUUGUUUGGGUUGCCGAGAAGAUUGCGCAGCUGGUGCUCGAGGAGGGCAUGCAGCAGGCAACGGUGUAG